AUAAACCUGCAUGAGUAAACUGCGUAAAUUUCCGAAGGCGACGGAAACUUUCCCUUCAGCUUCUUUCGAAAAGUUCGGAGAUUGGUGAAAACAGAGCAAUGGAUGAGAAUUGAAGAACGAACUUGAAGAUUUCAGCAAACACUGUUUAAUCACUUCUUCUUUGUUCCAUUCUCCCUGAUUUCGGAUUCUAGGUCAAGCAAAUCUAGGAUCAUCGAUCGCUUGUUCCUUGUUGCAAUCGAUCAUGGCGUCGUCUGGCAGCGGAUUGACAUUCAAGCUGCACCCUCUUGUGAUUGUAAACAUUUCCGAUCACUACACCAGGGUUAAGUCUCAGAUGAAUCCUCCAUCCUUGACCUGCUCAGCUCCAUCUCCUUGCGCCCUAAGUAAUGGCAGCGAUGUAGCCGAUUCUGCAGACCCUUCCACUUCUCCUCCCGCACCUAGGGUUUUCGGUUGUGUUGUUGGAGUUCAGAGGGGCCGCACGGUUGAGAUCUUCAACAGCUUCGAGCUUCUUUAUGACCCUAAAACUCAUUCACUGGACCGCCCCUUCCUUGAGAAGAAGCAAGAGCUCUAUAAGAAAGUUUUUCCCCACUUCUACAUUCUGGGUUGGUAUUCUACUGGGAGUGAUGCCUUGGAGUCUGACAUGCAUAUCCACAAGGCUUUGAUGGAUAUCAACGAAAGCCCUGUCUAUGUUCUUCUCAAUCCUUCAAUUAAUCAUGCCCAAAAGGAUCUCCCAGUUACGAUUUAUGAGAGUGAGCUACAUGUUAUUGAAGGGAUCCCUCAGCUAAUUUUUGUUCGCUCAAGUUACACUAUUGAGACAGUAGAAGCUGAGCGAAUUUCUGUUGAUCAUGUUGCACAUUUGAAACCAUCUGAUGGAGGCUCUGCUGCUACUCAAUUGGCUGCUCACCUUGCGGGAAUUCACAGUGCCAUCAAAAUGCUGAACAGCAGGAUCAGGAUACUUCACAGUUAUCUUCUGGCAAUGCAAAAUGGCGAUAUUCCCUUGGAGAAUUCCUUACUAAGACAAGUGUCAAGUUUGCUCAGAAGAUUGCCAGUUACUGAAUCAGGAAAGUUUCAAGACGAUUUCUUGAUGGAAUAUAAUGACACAAUGUUGAUCACGUAUCUAGCAAUGUCCACUAAUUGCUCAAGUGUAAUGAACGAGCUAAUCGAAAAAUUCAACACUGCAUAUGACCGACAUAGUCGGAGAGGUGGCCGAACAGUUUUUAUAUGAAAGACCAUUGCAGGGACCAACUGUACACAUAAAGUUUAGGUACUUUGAUGAUAAUGCUAGGAUUUGAGUGGUUCUGGAAGGAUGAUAUAGGAAUUUUCUGUUUUGUUUUUUGCUCUUAAUUCCUAUAUAUGGAUUGUGUAGAAGUGAAAAUGGUUUGAACAUGCCUGAAUUCCCUCCCCCUCCCCCUACAUAAGCAUCUAUUCCACCUAUGGACAGCUUAGCAAUGGAGGAUGCAGUAUGUAAUUUGAGAGAGUUUUAGGGGCAAUCCCUCCUUUAAAAGGGUAGACCCAGUUGAGUGGACUUUACUUCCAUACCUUCUCAUUUAAUGCUAUUUUUACUCAAAUUGAAUAUGCUUAUUAUUCUCUA